AAUGACGCCAUUGGAGAAAUAUGUAUCCAACCUUUGCCUUUAAACCAAAAGCAAGUAGGUGUGGGCCAUCCAAAUCCAGGUGUCGCAUUAUUUUUGCUCCACCUGUGGCAAGACUGGCUUCUCCCUUUUUGAAACCAAGUCGAGCCAUGGAUUUCUGUCAUUUGUCUGUCUUGCAGCUGCCCCGGGAGGAAGAAUAUAGCCUGAGCUCCCCAGGGACCACCUCUGAUACAGAAGAGGGUCUACAAACGGCGGAGGCUUGGAUUCAGGCGAGGAGGCAGUUUCGAACUGAGCUGGAAAGCUUAGGGGACAUUGAAAAAUGGCUGACUCAAAAACCUUCCCUCAGCAAUCAAGAAAAAAGGUGCUGGCAAAGAAUAAAGGCACGCAGAGCAGACAGGAGGGCUGCUGUCAAAUCAGCCGUGACUGACAGCCUGGACCGUUCACCACAAAAAUGCAGCCAGCCCUGGAAGAAGGGUAGCGUUCCCCUUGUUUGUACACCAUACCCCCAGGCUCUUGGCACGCUGCAUAACCUCCUGCACAAAAAGAAGCUGAGCAUGGUGGACAUAUUCAAGAAGGCUGGUAUGGACGGGAGGAAGAUCAAGAGAGCAGACUUCAUUAAAGUCAUCAAGGAGACCAAAGUUUCCAUCAGUGAGAAGGAUCUGGAGGAUGUGGUCAUCUUCUUGACUUCCUCAAAACCGGGGAAUUUUAUAAGCCUUGAAGAUCUGAUUGACUGUCAAAAGCAGUGGCUGGAAAUGAGGAAAGGACAAUCCCAAGAGACCAAAACCGGUGUAGGUGCUCAGUUCCAGAAGGCCACCUGCAAAACUGCCACUUGUCUACCUUCUUCUGGGGGCACAGCCAAAGGGAUGAAGCCUCAUGCUCCUACCAAGCCUGAAAGAAAGUUAAUACGCUUGGAACUUCCACCAGUCAACACCGAGCCAGAACGACGGCAUCUGAGCUGUGAUGAAAUGGAAGAGAUUGGAAAAAACUUAAGAGAGAGGAGACGGUGGGAGAAGAACAAAGACAGCCCGAUAGAACGGAAAGAAAAGCGCCGGAUGGUGAGAUCUGGGGAUGGCCCCAUUGAUGAGCACUGCCUGCCGUCAACUGUAGAGGCCGAUUUGGGAGAACUGGUUGACCGAUAUCGUAGGAAUGCCGUCACGAGCUAUCUGAAGAGCUCCAAGCUGUGCAAAGAGCGCAACGUUCACAUUGCCGAGCCAGCGCUGCAGAAAGCCCUGCUGCAUCCAGGAGACAAGAUCAUCAAGGAAGGAGAAGACAUAAGGAAGAUCAGGCAGCCUGGAGGAUACUACAGCACAGGACGUGCUGAUGCUUCAUCACCUGGGAGCACCUCCAGAUCAGGAACUGCAUCUGGAAGCCAGGCCAAGGAGGCAGAAAAUAGGCACCCUCAGAGGAGUAAGAUGCAAAAGUCAAGCGACAAUAACUUCUGGCCGGGUCAUCUCCUGGACAAGCUAUGCCUUUACUUUCCUGAAAAGAAGCAUGACAGGGCACAUGCCUUGUUCAGCUACGUUCAUCCAACCAAGCCCGCCUACUGUGGUAUCUAAAGCCCUGACAGCAGCUAGCCCCUCAGCAAGCCAGGACACUUGGCCUCCAGAGACACUGCCUUCAAGAAGACCCAUUCCACCUGAAGCUCUUCCCCAAGCAGCGGGAGAUGCGCGCACAGCUUUGUGAUCCCUCAGUCAGCUCAGGGGCCCUGCGCCCCGCUUCUGGAUAGAAUAAACGUAUUAAAUAAAGAACAUA